AUGACUUCUUCUUCAACUGAACGUUCAAUUUUAUUUAGAUUAUCCAAUUUAGGAGAACCAGUUAAUAAUGAAAACGUCAACAAUGGUGUAUUGAUCUUACCAUCAGUACAAUUACCCAAAGACUUCCGUAAAGGUGAUGUAUUAUUUGAAUUACACUUUCAAUUGAAUGCUGCAUCCAGAGUAUCCCGUGAUGGUGUUUUCCACACCAACGUUCCUCAAUCGUUUGAUCAACCAUUUGAUAGAUAUACUCAUUUUGAUUAUCCCAUAAAAUCCAGUUUCCAUCAGGAUAUCUCUAUUCCUAUCCCAAUCUACAGACCAGGUGCAUACAACUAUUACAUCACUUAUACUGAUGAACACAACAAGCAAAAGCAAACUGAGAAAUUCUACUUUAACGUUCCACCCAACUUGACUAUUGAUAAUGCAUUUGUUGCAUUCAACUCCAUCAACAUUGAAACGGUUAUUUCGAAAUGGAUUGGACCUUUGGAAAAUUGGGAUAAGUUCUUUGGUAAGAUUAGCGACAAGGGAUACAACAUGAUUCAUUUCACUCCGUUGCAACAUCGAGGAGAGUCCGACUCGCCUUAUUCCAUUUAUGAUCAAUUGCAAUACGACCCAAACAUUUUCCCCGACAGUGACAAAGCGCCAGCUCAAAUCCAACUGAUUUUACAAAAGCACAAGUUGUUGGCAUUGACCGAUGUUGUUUGGAACCACACCGCCAACAAUUCCGAUUGGUUAAAGGAACAUCCUGAAUCUGGGUACAAUGCUGAAUCCUCACCUCAUUUGGCUGCUGCUAUUGAAUUAGAUGGUGCUCUUUUGGAAUUCAGUGACAACUUGGAAGAGUUGGGAUUACCAGUUGAUAUCAAGACCGAACUGGAUCUUGAUGAAAUCAUUCAUGGUAUCACCAGCCAUGUAUUGGAUAAGUUAAAAUUAUGGCAAUACUAUGUGUUUAACAGCAAGCAGACAUUGAUUGAAUUGGAACAGACUUACAAUGAAGGAUUGGACAAGGUUGCCCCUAUUGAAAUUCCUCAUGAUGUUGACAUCCAUAGUUUGAAGUCAUUGUCGAAAUACACUUUAGAAGUGACCAAUAUUCACCCAACCACGAUUAUUGCCGAUAGAUUCAGCAAUAAGUUCGACAUUAAGAAGUUCUUGGCGAUCUUGUAUGCCAUUUAUGACACCGAUACAGAAUUCGAAGUUGUGAAAUCCAAAGCUGGUGAUAUCAUUGACGCCAUCAAUGUUGACUUAUACGCUCUUUACGAUAGUGAUAUGUCUUCUAUCAAGUCCCAAGUUGCCGACCGAAUUAGAUACUUGAGGCUUGCUGACAAUGGCCCCAAACAGGGACCUGUAACAAAGAAGAACCCACUUACAGAGCCGUACUUCACGAGAUUUGUCGACAAUAAGGGCCGCAAACAAGCAUUGGCUAACAAUGGUUGGAUCUGGGGUGGUAACCCUCUUGUUGAUUUUGCAUCAAACAAAUCAAGGGCAUAUUUGAGAAGAGAAGUUAUCGUCUGGGGCGAUUGUGUCAAGUUGAGAUAUGGAGAAAAAUACGAAGAUUCUCCAGCAUUAUGGGAUAGAAUGAUUAAGUAUACCCAAGAAGCAGCCAAAACAUUCACCGGGUUCAGAAUUGAUAACUGUCAUUCCACUCCCUUACAUGUAGGUGAAAGGUUAUUGGAUGAAGCCAGAAAAGUUAAUCCAGAUUUAUACGUUAUUGCUGAAUUAUUCUCCGGUUCCGAAGAAAUGGACAAGAUUUUUGUGGAAAGGUUAGGAAUUAAUUCAUUGAUUAGAGAAGCUAUGCAGCCUUGGGAUGUUCAAGAAUUGUCUAGAUUAGUUCAUAGACACGGUGGUAGACCAAUUGGAAGUUUGACAUGGUUGCCACUUGAUGAUUUCACCUAUCCAGCUGAAGCAGAACCAAUCAAAGAUAAGUACCUUAAUGCUUAUACUGAAUUGGAAAUCCCCAAGGCGUUGACUUCACAAGCUCCUCAUGCGUUAUUUAUGGAUUGUACCCAUGACAAUGAGAUGCCUGCCCAAAAGAGAACUGUGGAAGACACAUUGCCUAAUGCUGCUCUUGUUGCCUUCUGUUCUUCUGCUAUUGGUAGUGUAUACGGUUAUGAUGAAUGUUAUCCAAAGAUUUUGAAUUUGGUACAUGAACAUAGACAAUAUUCCUUAGAUGAUGAUAACGGGAUUGGUAAAGUCAAGGCUAAGUUACAUAAGAUUAGAAAGGACUUGGCAUUGGAAAGUGAAGAUAUUUUACGAGAUCAUGAAAUGUACAUUCAUCAUGAAGGACAAUACAUUACUAUUCAACGUUACAAUGCCAGAACUGGUAAAGGUUGGUUCCUUAUUGCCAGAACGAAAUUCUCCGGCAGCUUCCAAAAGCAAAUCUUGUCUCCUGUUGUAUUAGCUGGUGCCAAUGUCAAACAUGAGUUUAGUUAUACAUUAAAGAAAACUGGCGAAUAUGAAGAAAAUGACAAGUUCCUUGCUGGUAUUCCUGUUGAAGUUGUUGACCUUGAACCACCAAAGUUAACAAUCGACGAGAAGGAGACUAUUAUUCGUGUGGAUGAAUCGUUUAUUCCUGGAUCUAUUUCGGUCUUUUCUACCGAAAUUCCUGGUCUUAAUGUUUCCCUUGAUAACUACGUCAAGGAAGGUGCUAUUGAAGCAUCUAGAGAUCUUGAUUUAUACGAUUUGAAUGCAUUAUUAUACAAAUCUUCCCCUGAAGAAUUAGAUGCUAGCAGUGGUCAAGAAGACGUUUAUAGAAUUCCAAAUUAUGGAACAUUAGUGUAUGCCGGUUUGGAAGGGUGGAAUACAGCCUUGAAGCAUGUCAUUUGGUCAAACAAUUUAGGUCAUGCUAUUUGUAACCAUUUAAGAGAAGGUGAAUGGGCUUUAGACUAUAUUGUAAACAGAUUAGACAAAUAUGUUGCCCAUUCUGCCAAGUUGGGUAAGUUUCAGGAGUGGUUACGGUCAAGAUUUGAUGCUGUCAAGAAGCUGGCUCCUUAUUUCUUGAGACCACAUUAUUUUGCUCUUAUUGUGGGUAUUGCUUAUGAAGCCGCUAGAUUCAGAGCUAUUAGAAGCUUUGAUAAAACAAUCCAGCAAGCUACCAAUUUCGUGCAAAGUUUGGCAUUGACCAGUGUGCAAAUGGUUGGAUACAUGCAAAACACCUCCCUUUACCCCUUGGUCCAAGUUCCUUCCAUGGCUGCUGGUUUACCUCAUUUCAGUAACAGCUAUAUGAGAUGUUGGGGCCGUGAUGUUUUCAUUGCAUUUAGAGGAUUAUUGUUGGUUCCUGGCCGUUACAAGGAUGCCAAGACGCACAUUCUUGGGUUUGCCAUGACGUUGAAGCAUGGUCUUAUUCCUAACUUGUUAGAUGCUGGUCGUAAUCCAAGAUAUAACGCUCGUGAUGCUGCUUGGUUCUUUUUACAAGCGGUGCAAGAAUAUGUUAAUUAUGCUCCUGAUGGUUUGAGUAUUUUGGAUGAGAAGGUAAAGAGAAGAUUCCCCUUGGAUGACACUUAUAUUCCACAUACUGAUCCUCGUGCAUUCAGCCAUGAAUCCACCAUUCGUGAAAUCAUUUAUGAGAUUUUGCUGCGUCAUGCUGCAGGUAUCAAGUAUCGCGAAGCUAAUGCUGGACCGAACUUGGAUUCGCAAAUGAAGGAUGAAGGAUUCAACGUUGAAGUGUUUAUAGAUUGGGAAACAGGGUUGGUCCAUGGUGGAUCACAGUUUAAUUGUGGUACCUGGAUGGACAAGAUGGGUGAGAGUGAACGUGCCCAUAAUAAGGGUGUUCCUGGAACUCCUCGUGAUGGUGCUGCUAUUGAAUUACAAGGUUUGAUGAAGAGUGCAUUAAGGUUUGUCAAUAAGUUACACGAUAAAGGUAAAUUUGAAUACACCCAUGUUAAGAAGGCUGAUGGAAGUGAAAUAUCACUCAAGGACUGGGAACAGUUGAUUCAAGAUAAUUUUGAAAAAUGUUUCUAUAUUCCUACACUGUCUAAGGAUGAUCACUUGUACUCGCUUGAUCCAAGUUUAGUUCAUAGACGUGGUAUUUACAAGGAUUUGUACAAGUCAGGCAAACCAUAUGAAGAUUAUCAAUUGCGUCCUAAUUUCAGCAUUGCCAUGUGCGCCGCUCCAGAAUUGUUUACUCCACUCAAAGCCCUCACUGCUCUUCGUAAUGCCGAUAAGAUAAUUCGUGGUCCAGUUGGUAUGAGAACUUUAGAUCCCCUGGAUUGGAAUUAUCAUCCAUAUUACAAUAAUAGUGAAGAUAGCGACAACUUUGCUACUUCCAAGGGUCGUAAUUAUCACCAGGGUCCAGAAUGGGUCUGGAAUUUGGGAUAUUUCCUUCGUGCAUUCUUGCAUUUCCAUGUGGAAGCAGUGGCUGAUAGUCAUACCCAACAAGGUGAUCCGCUGAUCAAUAUAUUAACCGAGUUGAAUGAGAGAUUACAGGGGAAUAUCAAAUGGAUUAAGAAUAGUCCUUGGGCCGGAUUGACUGAAUUAACCAACAAGGAUGGUGUGAUUUGUAAUGAUUCAAGUCCUACACAGGCCUGGAGUGGUUCUUGUUUGUUGGAUUUGUAUCAUGAUGUAUGGACUGAUGAGAGGUACCGUAGCAAGUACUGUAAUUAA